AUGUCAGAUACAGAAACAAAGAGCAAUGAUGGAUCUAGUGUUCGCGGUAGCAUUAGCCGUCGAUCAUCGAUUAUACUCCAAGGACCUGAGAAGAUUGUAUGUUCAGAAAAAGAUGAUUCAAUUAACAUUGAAUUCAAUUAUUAUACAUCAAUGUUAAAAAAAUUUGCACCUUCGUUAAGUAAAGAAAAGGACAAAGAGAAGAUAAUACCAUGGAUCAGGAAAUUAUAUGGUGCAGAAUACGCAACGGAAUUUUUUAAAUAUAAACGAAAUAAGUAUCUUUUCACAAUGAUUUUAUCUAUUCUCAAUGAUGAAAUGUAUGGUGUAUUUAAAUCCAUUCCACCAACGGGUCCUUUAAAAUCGCCCGAAAGUUUACCUAUUCCUUCAAUGCCUUCAGCUACUUGGGAAUUGGAUAAUAUGUGGGAAGAUCUGUUAAAAGGUGAGGAUAAUGUUAAAACAAUGUGUUCAAUGCAUGUUAAAUGUCCUGAAGAAGAAGACAUCGAUGAUCCUGAUGAAGAAAUAGACACAACCAACAUGUCAGAAGAAGAAAAAAAUGAGUUAGCUAAUAGAAUCAAUGAAAAAAGAGAAAGAAACAACGAAGAUAAACAUAAAAAAGCCAUGUUUAGUACAUUACUCGAUUGUGAAUUUCAAUACUUGUUACAUAUUGCUCGACCUUAUGCUGCGUUAAUGACUACAGUACAAGAUAAAACUCGAGUAGCAAAGUGGUUACAGAAGUUAUGUGGUAUACGAAUGGAUGUCAAAUGUGCAAAAAUGAAAGGCGUACGAAAUGAUUAUAUGAUGGCAUUACUAGGGUACCUAUAUGAUUUGAGAUUAACAGGACCAUUUGAACACCCACCUCCUGAUGGACCAUUGGAAAAUUUAGAAAGUGCUAUGGAAAAGCUAAAAGAUAGUUAUCCAAUAACUAUACCAUCACAAAAUGAUGUAAAUGAGUUUUUAUCUGAUCAACCGGCACCGUCCGAAGGAGGAGCUUUUUGUUACAUAGCUAUUAGUGGCGAUUUGCAAGCAACAAAUUUGAUCAAGUCAAAACCAGUGCAUACUAAAGACUGUUCAAAAUGA